AUGACCACGCCGUUAAAAUUUCCAGCUUUUUUACGUAGGGCUAUCUACAGCACGGAACAAGACGACGUAAAAACUGAUGAGAUCUGUACAUGGUACAAAGACCGAUACGUAGAAGCGAUACGAGGACUCGGUAGAACACUAGAACCUUUAAAAAUUGAAAGUGACGAAAAAGAGUUUGUAUUUACCUUGCUGUACAAUGAGGCGGCACCGAAGCAUAUCCUGAAAUCAAGGUGGUACAUUCAAAGACUAACCUGA